AUGAGUCAUCGCAAACCCCUCUACCCCACUUCCGUCGUUGAUGGUGCAUUCAAAGGCAAGCUCGAAGGCCUAGACUUCCAUCACCCAGCUCGGUUUUCAUCACACCCCACUGCUCCACGUUCAAUGCGGAGUCCAUGGAUCACCGAAAGAGGGAUUGGUUCAACACGUCGUCAACGCACUCAAGCUGAAGUCUCUCGUCGUCUGGGGGAGUGUUAG